CUCCGUGCUUCCUCCCUCUCCCGUCCCGAGCCAUGGCAACCGCGUGACGUGAGGGUACAGGGAGCCGCGGGAGCAGCGGUCGCGGCUUCAGUUGUAGCUCACCCCGCUGCCCGGGCGGGAGCAAGGCGAGAGGAGCCGCGGCCCGGCGCCACCCCCGCGCUCCCUGAGCCUGCGGGGCGUCCGCUCCCUCCGCAGUGAGGAGGGCGCUGCGGCGGCGGUCCGAGCCGAGGGCUAGGGAGGGUCGCGCGCAUGGCCUCGGCGGGCGCGCGGCGGCUCCCGGUCGGGACGCGCGCGGCGGCCCAGCGCUGCUGCGGCCUCCCGCUCCGCCCGGGCGCGCGCCCGGCCCCGCCCCCGGGCCCUCCGCGACCUCCGGGACCAAUGAGAUUUCUGAUGUCCUGCAGCCUCCUCUUACCCAGGACUGCCCAAGUCUUGGCGGCCGAGGGUGGCUUACCUCCCAGCCGUUCCUUCAUGGGCUUUGCCGCCUCCUUCACCAACAAGAGAAAGGCUUACUCCGAGCGUAGGAUCAUGGGGUACUCCAUGCAGGAGAUGUUCGAGGUGGUUUCCAAUGUCCAGGAGUACUGCGAGUUUGUGCCAUGGUGUAAGAAGUCUUUGGUGGUCUCCAGCCGUAAAGGUCACCUGAAGGCCCAGUUGGAGGUUGGCUUUCCACCUGUCAUGGAACGUUAUACCUCUGCUGUUUCCACGGUCAAACCUCACAUGGUCAAGGCUGUUUGCACUGAUGGCAAGCUCUUCAAUCACUUAGAGACCAUUUGGCGAUUCAGUCCUGGUAUUCCUGCCUACCCCCGAACUUGCACUGUGGACUUUUCGAUUUCCUUUGAAUUUCGUUCUCUGCUGCACUCCCAGCUGGCCUCCAUGUUUUUUGAUGAGGUUGUCAAAAAGAAUGUUGCUGCCUUCGAGCGCCGGGCAGCCACCAAGUUUGGUCCAGAAACAGCCAUACCCCGUGAACUGAUGUUCCAUGAGGUGCACCACAGUUGAGGCAAAAGAUUGUUCCUUAGCUUCUCCUUUCCUCUCCCUCUCCACCCAAUCCUUUUAUUUAUUUCAAUAGACUCCUGCCCCAAUCUGAGAUAAGAGUCUGUGUUUAUAAUACUGUUUCCCUGUCAGUUCUCCAGAAAGUGGGCUCUAAGCUGGCUGGAAAUGCUGGGGGAAAGAAAAGGCAGGGGGUAUGGAAGGGACACAUGCUAAGAAAUGGUCAGGCUCAUCUUGAGAGCCCUAUAAGCCUGAUGCCUGCAGCCUUCUCACAUUAUAAUUAGGACUGUGUGGUUAUCCCUGAGCCCUGUCAAGGUACCUUAGUGUCUGACCAGGGAAAACAGCAACUUUUCUUAAGGAUUGAAUAAAUCGAGCUUUUUCCUCUACACAGAGGAACUGGAUGGUCAAUUACUUUUGCUUGCUUGAAGUGCCUCAGGGGAUGCUAGAGCUCUGGCCACAGCUUAAAAUCACAUCACCUCACGUCUAAGAAUAUUUCCAUGCUAGUGGAGAGCCGGGGGCUUUCUUAUCAUCAGUGCCACGGGUGAGGAAAAAAAAAAAAAAAAAAGCACUGAACAGUUUAUACUCUUGGGAUGUACCGUCUUCUUCCACUUGGCCUGAGUUUUUAUAAAAUCUCAAUAAAUUAAUUGUGACAAUGUGAA